GAUAUAGGUUAUCCAAUAAUCGAAUCUAUGACGCAUAAGUUUCAAAAUUUCUCUAUGCAAGUAUUUAUAACUGUAUAACAAAUUAAAAGGUUAUUCUAUAUAUUCAGUUUUCAAAAUAAUAUUAAAUUGCACGUACAUGCAAAUUUCGCAUCAAAAAAUCGACUGUAAUCGACGAGUCCGAUUGAUCGAUAUGGUUUGGUGUGUGUGACGAAAUGUAGUUGGAUGACAGCGCGUAUACUGACGCGCCUAAGAAUAUUUGGUUUAAGGUAAAUGAAAAGAUGGAACAGUCGUUUGAAAGUCAGAAGAGGGAUUGAGUAACAUAAGAUAAGUACGUCAAAUGUAUGGUGGCUUGUGGGUGCAGAGAAGACGAAACGCGUGGGAAGAUUAGAAAAGCUGGAGAAGCUACGUUUCGAAAAAUCGGACAUAUAAGCAAACAAGUUGAAGAAAGAGAAAGACCAAAAGUAAGCGUUUCAAGAUUCAAAUCAGAAUGGACGAAUGUAUGCUGAAUGAUUUGUUAGAAUGCUCGGUAUGUCUCGAGCGAUUAGAUACAUCGAGCAAAGUGCUUCCCUGUCAACAUACCUUUUGCAAGAAAUGUUUAGAAGAGAUAGUUAGCACUCACCGCGAAUUACGCUGCCCUGAAUGUCGCAUUUUGGUUGAUGCUAAAGUGGAUGACCUGCCUCCUAAUGUAUUGCUAAUGCGUAUUUUAGAAGGAAUGCGAAAUGCAGCUCCUAAAUCUACGAAAUCUAUAACUAAAAGCAACGCAGGACCUCAAAGACUGUUUGGUGGUCAUCAAGUUACUUCGACUCCUAUUGUAACUACUAGUCCUACUCCUGUUGCAUUCACAAAUGAACCAGUUCGGCAUGGUAAUGCAACGGCAAAACAAGUUCAAUUACACAAUCAAACAUAUGGCCGAGCAAUCUAUGAUUAUGUGUCCAAAGUUCCAGGAGACUUGUCAUUUAAAAAAGGUGACAUUGUUAUCCUUCGUAAGAAAAUUGAUAAUAAUUGGUGUUUUGGAGAGAGUGCUAGUAGUCAUGGAGUUUUUCCUUUAUCUUACGUUCAGGUAAUCACACCAUUGACACCAGAUGUUCCUCAGUGCAAAGCUUUGUAUGAUUUUAGAAUGACUAAUGAUGAUGAAGAUGGCUGUCUUACAUUUAAUAAAGGUGAAAUUAUUAGUGUUAUUAGAAGAGUUGAUGAAAAUUGGGCAGAAGGAAAGCUUUUGGAUAGAAUUGGCAUCUUCCCGUUGGCUUUUGUAGAACUAAAUAGUGUGGCAAGAGCUUUAAUGAAGCUAUCAACGAAUGCACAACCAGGUCCAUCAAGAGUAGCACCUCCUACUCCCACUAAUGAAGAAACCACACUCUUAAUACCGACUGAUCAUUCGCGUAAUUUACAAACAAGUCAACCUCGACCUCAACUUGCACAGAAUACAGUUUUACCAGUUUCUGACUCCAUUUCAAACGUAUCAUCAGGAGGUAGUUCUUCAACUACUACUCCAAACACCCCUAAUAGUUCAACUACAUCUAGUAGCUCUAGUACUGCUCCAAGUAGUCCCAGUAGCCCAGCAACAUCUCCUCCUGCAGUCGGAAAUAGACAUAACGUUAAGCGUCACAGUUUCACUGCUGUUAACACUGGCCAUCAAGCUCAUCCACAUCACAGACACAGUGCUGAAAUACUUAGUCCUGCAGUAGACAAUGCCAUUGGCAGCGGUACUAACAAUUGCAGUAAUGAUACUUUUUCUUCACUACAGACAAGUACCAGCAUUGCAGAUCAUAAUCUUCGUCAUAGGCGAAGCGGUAGUAGUGAUCUUGCUCUUGCACAGUCGUCACAGAGUUCGUCUGCCACAACCGGAAAUACUCAUUUACCAGCUGCAUACAUAGCUCUGUAUCCAUAUAAACCUCAGAAAGCGGAUGAACUUGAAUUACGAAAAGGUGGCGUUUAUAUGGUAACAGAACGAUGUCAAGAUGGAUGGUUUAAAGGAACUUCUAAUCGUACACAAAAGUGUGGAGUCUUUCCUGGAAAUUAUGUUACGCCUGCUAAGUGUCAACGUGGCUUGUGUCGAGGUUCACCAAAUACAGGACAGCAUCAAAACUUUCCAUCUUCAACGAGUCAAAAUAAUACCGAGUCACGGAUAACCACUACUUAUACCAAGAAUAAAGGAGCUACUCCUCAACCUUAUAACGCACGUACAUUGUUACCACCAGAAUUGCCACCACGUGCCAUUAGUCCAUCUUUUAUGGUAUCAUCGUCUUGGCAUGGGCAAAGCCAAACACAAAGUCAAGAAAACAGUCCGCCUCGAUAUAAGGAACAAAAUUCAGCAAAUCCUCUCGGACGUAGCCACAGUGCUGUUAUGUCAUCGAAUAUUUCGUCUCCUGGAAAACAGGUAACUUUACCACAGUCAUUAAUGACUACUACUACAGUUACUGGUGUUAGCAACAGUGGAACUGUUGUUACUGGUGCCACUUCUUCCAUAAUGAAUGAAGUGAACAAAAGCCCAAAUAGUGUUUUACAUGCAGUAGCUUCACCUUCUUCUACCACAUCUGUUUCUACGCCUAAAAGCACUGAAAAGCAGAAGGAGAAGAAGGAUAAAUGUGUUUCUUUAAUGCGCCGAUUAACGAAUAUUAAAAAAUCAAAAUCACCACCACCUACUACAUAUUCCAUGGAUAACCCUGUUUUUGAGGAUGGCAAUUCCAUCAAUCCAGUACAUGUUCGAUCAGGAUCUUGCCCAAGUCAGUUGCUACAGGUGGGAGCUACACAGGAAUUAAAUGCUUCAAACAACCAUCAUCGUUUGUGUCCAGGCUCUGUCCAAGGACAUGUCACAUCUUCACAAAGACUAAAAUACAAGGAGAGACCAUCUUUACCGGUCUCGAUCCUCCAGAGAUCUAACGAAUCGGGUGGAAUGGCAUGUACACCGAUGGGAAAUCAUCACCGUAAAAGUAACUCAUUGGAUGCUGGUAUGGGAAAACAAACGAAACAACCCAUACGCGAACGCGAGCGAGUAUACAGAUUUCGUUGUAUUGUGCCAUAUCCACCUAAUAGCGAGUUUGAACUUGAACUUCGAGUAGGAGAUAUUAUUUAUGUACACAAAAAACGCGAUGAUGGCUGGUAUAAAGGCACUCAACAAAGAACUGGUCGUACAGGCCUUUUCCCGGCAAGUUUUGUCGAAGCUUUCUGAGAUACAGCGCAAAACCAUUUCGUAUUAGAAACUUGUAUAUAAUGCUGCACGAGCUGAUGGUGACAUAUUGCACAUCAAUUUUCAGGUUUAUUAAAGGUAUAAUCAUUAAUAUGAAGGUAAGUGUAGGAUUUAAAUUGUGAAAUUAAUCGUAAUGUACUAAAUAGUACAGUAAACAUAUAUUUGUAUGUUACAUGUAGUAUGUUUAUAUGGUUUUAUCAUGAUUAUGGCAUAAAGAAUUUUUUUAAUUAUGCAAUGAAUGAAAUAUAGUGAAAUUGUCCAAAAUGGAUACUGCCGUUGAUAUUAUAUUCAACAGAAAUUAUUAAAGCGAUUAAGGAAGUAAGAGAUUAUAUUACAACAAUACUGCCAUUUGAACAAACGUAAUUACAGAAAAAUGUAUUAUUACUGUCUUUUUUUACUAAUACGAGAUCAGUUUCAUAAUUCAUAGUACAGGAAGAAGUCUAUGAAAUUAUUUUAUUAUUUACGUUUUAAGUUUCUGUUCGCGUAUAGUAAUAUUUUAAGAUAAGAUAAUUUGAAUUUUCAUGAAGCUUAAAUUAUUAUUAAAUAUAUUAUCGCAUACUUUUUUUGCAAUUUUAUACAAGCAAUUGUUGCUUAAGUUGCCAGUUUGAAAAGAAAUGACGGGAUUACUAUUAAGAUUUUGUUUAAUUUCUUUGAAUUGUUGCAUUUAAAAAAUUUAUAUGAUAUAUUUUAUGAUGUUAUUGAAGUUGUAUGAACAUAAAAAAUUAUAUCAGUUUUUAUAUCAGUAUGAUUAGCUUUGACAAACGUUUCCUUUUAUAGGCAUUUUUCUUAGAAAAAUAUAGUAAUUCGUAUCAUAUAGAAAAAUGUAAAACAUUUCACUAUGAAGUGUGUCUUAUAUUAUAUAUUAAUAUAUCUUUUCUUUAUGUAAAAGUAUACAUAUGUAAGAUUACAUAAUGAUUUCAAAUUUUACGAUGUUGGUUUUGUUAAAUAUGUGGUUGGCUAUAUCAGACUGGCCUAUAUUUCUGCAUAAUUGUAGACAUUUAGUUAAAUAGAUUUUAACAAAAAAAGGUGAACUAUAACAUUAAUACUUGUAGUAAAAUCAAUUGUAUAUCUGUACUGUACAACUGAAUGUGUAUGUUUUUCUUAUUUACGAGGUAUUUAAAAAUUCAAGCACAAUAAGAAAUUAUUAAGGUGAAUUAAUGAGCUUCCUAAGGCUGAAUAAUAAUUAAUAUUUGAUUAAAUUUGUUAUUUUCCUAUAGGACAUGCUAUGCUAAUAUGAAUUAUGUAUAAACAUCUGCCGAAAACAUUUUUUUAUUAACGUUAUUUUAUCAUUCUCAAUUAUAUUAAUUUCAAAAUGUUUCAAUGUUUAUCAUUCAUAGAAUAAGUCUGAUUGCGUGUUAUUUUUCUGUGUAUGUUAUAAUUUAUUUAACUUAUAUAUCUGUGUCAAGAAUAUUAUAAAAAAAUGUUUUAUAAAUCUUUAUUAUUGUACUCGUGUAUUCAGUGGAAACAAGAUCAAGGUCAUAAAAUCAGUCAGGCGUUAAAUUAUGUUUUUGUAUGUUUCGAAUGCUAAAAUAACAAUUUGAGUCACGUAUAUAAAGAUAAGAAGUUCGAGCUCAAUUCAAUAUCAUACGAUAUAAAUUCAGAAUUACGUUAUUCUUUGUACUAUAUUUAACAAAAUAUAUAUUAUGCAGUUUGAGAAGCAGAUUCUAAAAAUACAUAAUUUAUUACCUUUUACACAGUGCAAUUCACGAAUGAUUCUUGCUGAUUAUAUAAAAUACUACCACAUGAAUCUGUGUCACCUUUUAACAUUUUAAUAUAUGACCUCGUUAUAUCGUUUCUACUGACUACAUAUAUGUAUAUGUGCAUAGCACAUAACAGACGCACAUACAAUAUAUGAAUAGGGUAACAGAGGAAGAAAUAACGAAAAUAUUUGAUUUAGUGAUUAAAAAAUCACUAAGAAUAUAAAAUUUAAAUCUACUGAAUUUUAGAAACAUAGUUCUAAACUUAUGGAGAAGAUACUGACUAUAAAAAUUUCAUAUGCGUUUGUUUUUCUAAUAUAUAAAUUACCUUCUCUCUUCCUCUGAUGUUAUAAAAAAAUAUAUCUUCAUAUUUAGUAGUAUACACCAUAUAAAAUGUAUUUAUAUGUAGGUGUUUUAUAUAACAUGAAAUUAAGUAACUUAUUAGUAGCGAUAAUAUCUUAUAAAACAAAUAUUACUUCAUUAUGGCAGAUAAAUUUCAAAUAGUAAUACAAACAGUAAUAAUAUACAUUGAUGUAUGUGGUAAUGAUAAUAUUGAAAUUUACAAAUGAUAUGAUUUGUUGAACUUUAUUCAUUUUUAAUUUAAAGCGUAAUUUGAAUUACAUUCUGAAAUAAGUACAGUAAUAUGAAUACAGUUUAGAAUUGUAAAUAAAAUAUGACUCAAAAAAAAAAAAAA